GAUAGAGGAGGAAGAGGAGGAGGUGAAAGUGUGAAUAAAGAAGCAGCUCCUCCUGUUUCCUCGAGCUGCCUGCAGACAGACAGACAGCAGCAGAAGGAGAAGCACCAAUCAGCAGCAAACUCUCGUCCUCAUCUGUUGGAUUUAAACGCACCGUGAAGUGACUCUUCACCGACGCUCCACCACCAUGCUCUCCCCGGGACUCUCCGUGUCUCUGCUGGCCGUGUCCUGCGCUCUGUGGCCGGCUGCGGUCCUGGCUGCGUCCUGUGAGUCGGUCCGGAUCCCUCUGUGCAGGUCGAUGCCCUGGAACAUGACCAAGAUGCCGAACCACCUCCACCACAGCACGCAGGACAACGCGGUGCUGGCCAUCGAGCAGUUCGAAGGGCUGCUGGGUACUGGCUGCAGUCCGGAUUUGCUCUUCUUCCUGUGUGCCAUGUACGCUCCCAUCUGCACCAUCGACUUCCAGCAUGAGCCCAUCAAACCCUGCAAGGCGGUGUGCGAGCGGGCCAAGUCCGGCUGUGAGCCGGUGAUGAAGCGUUACAACCACAGCUGGCCCGACAGCCUGGCCUGCAGCGAGCUGCCGCUGUACGACCGCGGAGUCUGCAUCUCACCCGAGGCCAUCGUCAAGGCAGAGGGACCAGAUCCAUACUACCAGGACCCAGCCAGGUGUAACCCAGAAUCCAGUCCAGACUUCCCAAUGGACUCCAACAACCUCCACUGCAGAGGACCAAAUGGAGAUCGUUGUAGGUGUAAGAUCGUCAGAAUGGGUUUAAAAACCUACCUGAAGAACAACUACAACUACGUGAUCAGGGCGAGGGUGAGGGAGGUGAGGAACCGUGGUCUGGAGCCCACGGCGGUGGUGGAGGUGAAGGAGGUGCUCAAGUCUUCUCUGGUCAACAUUCCCAAAGAGACUCACACGCUCUACUACUCUUCCUCCUGCCUGUGUCCUCCUCUGACUCCCGGGGAGGAGUACCUCAUUAUGGGCUACGAGAACGAGGAGACGUCCAGGUUGCUCCUGAUUGACGGCUCCAUUGCUCAAAAGUGGAAGGACAAAAUGACCAGGAAGGUCAAGAGAUGGGAUCAGAUCCUGCAGGGGAAAGGCCGAGCAGCUCAGCGCCGGAGUCGCCACUGAGAUCUGACUGUGUGUGUGUGUGUGUGUGUGUGAUCGUGUGUGUGUGUGUGUGUGUGUGUGUGCGUGAUCGUGUGUGUGUGUGUGUAUGUGUGUGUGUAGAUAUUGCACUAUCACAGGCUGUUGUAGCUGAAUGUAGUUCAUCUCUUCAUCCAUCAGACUGUUUGGAGUCUGAUUUUUGUCAUUUAUUUUCUUUGCACAAACAUUAUUUAGUGUGCGUUUAGUGUGUGUGGGUGUAUGCGAGUGAGUUUGUAUGUAUGUGUGUGUGUGUGUGUGUAUUUGUAUGUAUGUUUGUGUGAUGUGUGUGUGUGUGUGUAUACACCUAAAGCACUCAAUGACGACAAGAGAGGGGGUGGAGCUUCGAAGCUGUAGUACUAAACCCUACGCACAGCCAUACAGUAUGUACAUGACACUUUUUUUUGGAACAGCUUUCUUUUCAUGUUGGCUCCACGGCUCCUCUUCACGGUCACGGUCUUUAUUAAAUCCUGGAUGUUGGCCACGUUACCGUGGCGAUGUGACGGAGGAUAUUUAAAGCCAUUUGGACUUGGACAUUUUGGACUAUGAUAGAUCUGUAGCCAUGACCUUAACUUUACUGAACUCUGCAAAAAAAAAAUGGAAAGAAUAAUAUUCACACCUUGUUCAGACAGCAACCAACAAGAGCAACAGGAGCAACAAGAGCAACAGGAGCAACAGGAACAAGCAACCAGAGCAACAGCAGCAGCAGCAGAAUGUGGGCAGAUGGAGAGUUCACAUCAGUAUUGUUGGAUCCAGCGCCUCCUCUGGUCUCAUUGUGUCACAAGAACAGAAAACGACGAAUGUCCGUGUUACAAAUUGUUGGACAGAAAAUCUACACUCAGUGGCCACUUUAUUAGGUACACCUGUACAAUCCAAUUGUAAUUCAAUACAGCAGUUCAGCUAUAAAUUCUACCGUCCUACUGGAUUACAUUAUAAUAACAAGUGUUUCUAAUUUGUGUGUGUCCUCCCUGUUCACAUACAUGAGAGGGGGGAAGAAAAUGUUUGAUUGAUGUGAUGCAUUUCCUGUUGUGGGGAUGGAAAUGGUACGGUCACGUUAUACUUCUGAUCUAUGAAUAUUUGCUCCGUCUCUACCCAACAAAUUCAAGCAUGCGUUUCCUGUUUAGUGCGAUCUCCAGCCGACUCCGGCAGAUUGUGCCGUUAGCCAAUGAAAACACUGAUGCACCAUGUUUGGAAAUAGAGAUGUUGUUAUUCUAGUAUCAUCACCAUGAUUAGUACAACAUCACACACCACCACACGAUAGAAGACAAAUGUGACCGUACCUCAUCACUGUAGAAUAUCACUUUCCACAUUUUACUGUUGCUUCUUGCUGUGGCUGUGUCAACGUUUGAAAGUAAGUUGUGUAAAUAUGCAAACCUAGCACUUUCUCCAGCGAUGUACAAGGCUUGCCUUGCCGUGUCUUUGUGCAAGCGCCAUACAGCAGAGGAAUUCCAGAAACUGCAAUAAUGAUCCUCCUUUGCACUCAAAAGUAAAGUACAAUACAGAAACAUCUCAACACCAUAAAUGCAUAAUACUAACAGAAGAUAUAGUCGAGGUAGGGGAGCGUGGAUAAACUGAGGAUGAACCCGAUGGAAUUACAGCUGGUACGAAUGAGCUCUGAGAACUGUCCAGAAGCUGUCAGGAAGAAACCAGGAUUCAUAUUAAAUACAAGAACGUAUUA